CUACUCGCGGAGAUGGCGCAGUGCCAUCGAAAACAGUUCCAGCUACAGCGCAACGGAGAUCGAGCGUCUGAAACCGCCGGAAGAUCAACGACAAUAAACAAUAGUAGCUCACCGUCAUCCGGAAUAAUGGAGGCGAUCAUGGGCAGGAAUGGAUCGCUCCUACUGACCGCCGUGCUCAUAAUUAUCCUGGAUGUUUUGCUCGACCCAGUCGGUGCCAACAUGUGGACACGACACAAUAGCAAUGCCCAUCAAACCAGGAGGCGCUCAGGUCCCAGCAAUCGGUGUCCCAAGGUGGGCGCCAUUAAGAACUUUGAUUUGGAGCGCAUGAUGGGCUGUUGGCACGUGGUUCAGUAUUACGCAUCUACAGAGGAACUUCCGGAGUACGCGUGCAUGCGCAGUCACUUUUCCUUCUCCAAAGAGGAUCAACAUAUAACGAUGAACUUUAGCUACAUAUUUGCGGAGGAUCCGUUGCGCGAGAAGCUCGUGGGCAACAUCACCUGGAUGAUACCAAAAUUCCAAGAGCCAGGACAUUGGCAGCAUACGGAGGACAUCUAUGAGGGCAUCUACAACACAUACGUUCUGGACACGGACUACGACACGUGGGGCCUGGUGAUGCACUGCGCCGAGAAGAAGAAGCAACCACGUUACCUGUCCGCCCUGCUUUUGUCGAGGAAAACAUCGCUGGCCGACAACGAGAUCAGCUUUCUGCGCGGCAAGUUGCCGCAGGACAUCGACACGUCCUUUAUGUUCAACAUCGGGCAGGAAUCGUGCGACAAUCUAAUGGAAUCCAGUCGAGACGAUCCGCUGGCCUAUGUGGUGAAUGGACGCCAGAGAGCCAAGGAAAUCUUCAAAAUUAUCAAUAAGCCUGACGGCAGAGUGCGCGCGAGAAGCGAAUCAAGAAGCUAAGAGCAAGGCGAGAAGAUGGCAGAGUGAGAGCUUUGCGAGAAACGAGCUACUGUGCUUUGAAAAUAAACGGUAAUUAAAGCACAGGAUACAAAAAAA